UCGGAACUGCCGUUUGAAUGUUUGUGUGUGUGUGUGUUUGAUGAUAGGACAGAAACAACAAUUGGUGCUUCUGCCUUACAUUAGCCUUUAAUUCGAUUUAUAUUCCGCUUUAGUAACGCUGACUCAGGCGGUAAGUUUUAAGAAGCGGUAAACGCUUUCAGGUUUUGUUUUUAGGGAGUAGCAGCCAACACUUGGAAGAUAACCGCUAUCUGGGCGUUUUAAAGCCGUAUUUCUAUUGCAGUUAGCAGCUAUCAAGGAAAGGAAAGCGUUCAUUUGUGACGGCUAUCUAAAGCUUUCCUCGGGCAGAGUUUCCCUGAAUACGAACAUCAUCAGUGUAGUUGAGGCUAAGCUUAGCUUAAAGAGCUCCACCUUUAUUAAAACACAAAAUAAAGUUAGUCUAAGGUCCAUGAGUUAGCCUUCUGGAGGAGAAAGGUGAUGUCUGAGGUCAGCGAUAAGCUGCAGGAAGGCGAGGCAGGUGUACGCGGUGAGCAGCCAUUUCCUGACCAGGUGAGGAGCACUGAAGCCACCAGGCCUGACCUGCAUGGUCUGCUGACCACCAGCCACUCAUCCUCAGCAGAUAUCAGCCCCUCACCUUCAGCUGAGUCCAGUGGCUUGUUGUCCUUACCAUGGGAGAUAUUAACCCACAUUGUCUCAUAUCUUCCUGUUCACUUUGUAGUCAACGUGCUGCCAAAGGUCUGCCAUGCGCUGAGUAACGUGGGGCAGGACAGAACCUCCUGGCAGCUCCGAGCACAGAGGUUGGUGGGAUUGAGAGCUGCUUUUCCAGUGGGGCCAAGGGAGGACUUUGACUGGCCUGGUGCCUGCCUGCAGAUGGAACAGCUCAUAACCUGCUGGUCAGGUGAAGUUGAGCAUGUAGCCAGACAAAACCAGGAGGAUGAGGAGAGAAGGGAGCAAGCGAUGCCUCAGGAUGGGGAGCCUGGUGUGGGAGGCCAGGAUGAUGGUGGAGAGGGUCAGGUCGGAGUGGCAGUGCAGGAGGUUGCUUAUGGUGCGGAUGAGGCAAUGGAGGUGGCAGUGGAAGGUGAAGAGGGUGAAAUGCAGCACGUCUUAGGUGGGGACCAAGUAGCGAGAUUGAGAGAAGAGCUUGAAGACAGACUAGAGGGUGAUGCUGCAGCACUAAUGGAAGAAGAAAUGGACCACAGAAGGGUUUUUAUUGCCAACGAGGGCCGAGACGCAGUUCUUAAUCACCAAGAAGACUUGCCAGACCACAGGAAUCUGGGUAAUGGGCAACAUGUAGAGGCAAGAAGUCCAAGCCCACCACCAGCGCUGGAAUGCAUUACCCUGCCUACAGGCCACAUUGCCCAUGUAAACUCGGUCCUCCUUCUUGGGGGAGAGGGGAAGGUCUGUGCCACAGCUUCCAGAGACUGGAACGUAAAGCUCUGGGAUCUGGAGCUGGGAUCACUGCUGCAAACGAUGGGACGGCAGGGUGAUUUUAGCAGCCAUCGAGGCUGGGUCUGGUGCCUGGCAUCUCAAGGACCUCUGCUGGCCUCAGGGGGCUUUGACAGCACUGUGAGGCUGUGGGACCUGCAGGCAGGAGGUGCAGAUAGGGCCCUCAUCAGGACCGGGGCUGCUGUUCUCUGCUUGUCCUGUCAGCCCGACAUGUUGCUGGCUGGUACAUUUGACAAGCGGGUCAGCAUGUAUGACACCAGAGCUGCUGCACCACUGGUGAAAAGCAUCCGUAUGCACAGUAACGCCGUAAUGUGCCUCUGUGCAGAUGACAAAUACAUCAUCUCAGGGAGCAAAGACUGCACUGUGGCUGUCUAUGACCGCAGAGCGGGCAAAGGCUUGAAGAGACUUCGGCUGAGCUCCUACCUGCUGUCCAUGAGCUACAGUGGCUGUGAAGUAUGGGCAGGAGACAACGGCGGCAUGCUCCACUCCUUUUCCAUGCAGGCGGGGACCUUAAAGCCUGUCUCUCAGUUUGAUGUGGGGCACACAGCUCUGAUCACCGGCAUCCACAGAUCCCCCGGUAGCCUCUACACCUGUUCAUCUGAUUGCACCGUCAAGGUUCAUAUACCAUGCGCGCCUCCGAGGACGUUAAGCACCCUGCACUAUCAAACUGGAGUCCAUGGGCUGAGCGUGGAGGCCGGAGUCCUUGCUAUAGCGUCCGGUGACGUCAGGGUGCAAGUGUGGAGGCCUCGAAAAUGAAGUGGAAGAAAAUACAUGGUAACAAUGAAAACAGGAACCCUGGUCUUUGUUGUGUUGUUCUGUGUCUCUAUACAAAUCAACAAAGGUAAAUAAAGAAGCUGCCGUUGCCUGGAAGGCUGGCUACAUCAACAGUCAUGUAAGUGCUGAGUAAACAGACAAACACAGAAGGGAAGAAAUGACGACAGAUGAUGACCAAUCAGGUUAUUUUUAAUUUUUAAGUGAACUAUUUUGAAAUGACUGCUUUCAGUUGUUUAAUUUAGUUGUAAAUAUGUGGUGGAGGAUAUUUCAGGUAUUUUAGUCUUGUCACAAACCCUCACAUUAUAUUUUUAUUUUUUUUAUUUCUAUCUUGUUUGAUCCACUGAAAAGAUUUUUCUAUGGAAGGAAAAGCAAAUGUUUAUUUUCAUUGUUUACCCCAAAAAUGUUCAUUUUGUGCCAAAACUCACUGAAUCACUCUUAAGGACACUUUAAGUGUUCAAACAGCACUGAAACCACAGACAUGUAAAUGUUUGUAAUUAUAAUACCUUUAUUGAAUCUCAUAUGUAAACUGGCAUUAUACAAGAAAAA